AUGUCGAAAAUGUCUAGCUCAGCUAACGAGAAGGAGGUUGAGCUGGGCGGUGGGCUUGGUGCAUCUGAAGACCGCCGCCAUGCUACUACAAACGUCGAGCCUGAGGCUGCGGCGACGACUAUCCCAGGGAACAACACCGAUGACGCCGACGAUGGGACUGUCCGCAACGUGGGCGAGACUCAGACUCUCAACACCGAUGAGCAAUCGACGCGGCCCGUGCACUCCGUCUUCUCGUCGCGGACCAAACUCUUCCUCGUGCUCAUGACCGUCUUCAGCACCCUCUUCUCCCCGUUCUCCUCUUUCAUCUACUUGCCAGCCAUCACGCCCAUCGCCGCGGCCUACCACCGCUCCCUUAGCGAGAUCAACCUCACCGUCACAGUCUAUCAAGUCAUGCAGGCCGUGGCGCCCGUGUUCUUUGGCGACCUCAGCGACCAGAUCGGCCGGCGGCCGGUCUAUGCCCUCACCUUUGCCAUCUAUCUAGGCGCCAACAUCGGCCUAGCCUUGCAGAACAACUACGCGGCGCUGAUGGUGCUGCGGGCCCUGCAGAGUACAGGCUCUAGCGCGACCGUGGCCAUCGGCAGUGCCGUCAUGGCCGACUUCACGACCAGUGCCGAUAGGGGCGGAUACAUCACCACCGUGCAGGCCAGCGUCAUGUUCGCGCCGGCUCUAGCACCGGUGCUGGGUGGGAUUCUCACCCAGUUCUUGGGCUGGCGUUCGACGUUUUGGUUCUUGGUCAUUGCCGCGGGCGUCUUUCUAGCCAUAUAUUUACCGUUCGUACCUGAGACCGCCCGCAAUAUCGUUGGUAACGGAUCGAUUCCGCCGCCGAAACUCAAUGAUUCCCUGGUAUCCAUAUUGCAAAGACGCAAGAGGCGCCGCGAUCUCGAAUCAGAUCCAAACGGCCAGGCCCAGGUCGAACCUAAGAAGCCCAAGACGAGGAAGUUCCCCAUCCCCAACAUCUGGGCGGCAGUCCUCAUCAUGUUCGAGAAAGACGUGGGGCUGCUCAUGCUGUUCAUGUCCCUGUUCGUCAUGGCCAACUACACCAUGCUUGUGCCUCUUCAGGACGUCAUCCGGCGACGGUACGACUUCAACGACCUGCAAGUCGGCCUCUGCUAUAUCCCCUUUGCCGUGGGCUCGGUCGUGGGUUCCGCCACCGUGGGUCGGCUACUAAACUGGAACUACGCGAGGGUGGCGAAGAGCAUCGGGAUAGCGCCCGACCGCAAGCGUGGCGACGAUCUGAGGAAGUUCCCGAUCGAGCGGGCGAGGCUGGACCUGAUGUGGCCUUGGACUCUGCUGGCCGUGGCCAUGAUUAUCGCCUGGGGCUGGGUUGUCGAUUCGGGAGUGAAUCUCGCGGCGCCGCUCGUGAUCCUGUUCCUGGCUGGCGUUGGGCUCAGCGGGCCCGUAUCCAUCUUGACGACAUUACUGGUCGAUCUCUAUCCCAUGAAUCCGGGACGGGUCUCGUCGACCUUCAACCUGACCAGGGCGACACUGAGUGCCGUGGGAACGGCCGUUGUGCAGUACAUCAUCGACGCGUGGGGCUACGGUUUCACGUAUCUCUUCAUGGGAUUAAUCGUCUUGGCAGGAAGCUCGUGCGUAUUCAUUGUGCGGAAAUGGGGUCCCAAGUGGAGGGAGGAGAGAUACCAACGCUUUGAGAGAGCGCGAAGCUCGUCUUCUUAAUUCUUGGGCUGCUCUGCUGCUAUUCGGAGGAAACUCUCAGCUUCUUAUAACCGAUAAUUAUUACUUGUAGUGGCCAAUUUGCAAUUUUCUGUGCUACUGAAAUGAAG